AUGGCGGGCUUGAAAUCCUUGGCAUCCUCUCUACGCAAGAAGCUCCAUCUUGGAGGUAGACAAUGCCAUUCGACGGAUCCUUCCACGAGCAAUGGAUCAGUUGAGCCUAAGGUCGAGCCUAAGGCCAGCAUGUCGCCAGCUGAACCCACUUCGGCCCCUGAGGACGCUCCGAAAUUGCCAGAGGUAGUGCCAGCGGCAGAAAUGGUAGUGUCUACUUCCCCACAGUUGCUUUCUACUUCAUUGGAGGGUAAAGUCGCCGUUGUCACCGGGUCUUCUCGAUCAAUAGGUGCAGCAAUCGCCAAAGCUCUUGGGUCGCAAGGCGCGAAAGUCGUUGUCAACUACGUCAAUGAUUCAUCCGCAGCCCAGUCCGUCGUGAACGAAAUCAAAGCGUUCAACACUAAAGAGUCCAAGGGAUGUGAUGCCAUCGCCGUCCAGGCCGAUGCAUCGAAGCUCGAAGGUGGACAGAAGCUCUUGGCUGAAGCGACGAAAACAUGGGGACAGGUGGAUAUCUUGGUGCUGAACGCAGGAAUCAUGGGGAGCAAGCCGCUAGCCGAAGUAGAUGAGGACUUCUUCGACAGCCAUUUUGAAAUCAACGUCAAGGUCCCAGUGUUCUUGGCCAAAGCAGCCGUCCCCUUGAUGCCGACGCCUGGAGGACGCAUAAUCUUCUUCUCGUCGAGUUUGACUGGCCUGACACCUGUUCUUCCGAACGCUUUGACGUAUGUCGCGUCAAAGGGGGCCAUUGAGCAAGUCGCCCGAGUCCUAGCCAAAGAUCUUGGAUCACGAGGGUUAACGGUCAACACGGUAUCCCCUGGCCCUGUCGACACCCCGCUCUUCCGAGCAGGCAAGCCGGAAGAAGUCAUCAAGAAAAUUGCCGCCCAGAAUCCAAAUAACAGAGUUGGCCUCCCCGAAGAUAUCGCACCGAUGGUCGCAUUCGUCGCUAGCCCUGCUGCUCAAUGGAUAAAUGGGCAGAACUUACGGGUCAAUGGGGGUGCUGUGCUUUGA